GUGAAUUUUGAUAAGAUUAUGUAGAAUUGUGAUACCGAUAAAUCGCAAGUAGAUUAUGCGGUGGAAGUCUCAUUAGUCCAUUAAGAUAAUGGCGCGCUCCUGGGUACUUUUGCUGGCGGGGGUUGCCCUCCUCCAGGGCGUAUGCACCUUCAAUCCGUUACCGCUUCUAGAGGAAGAAGAGGCAUGGGCAAAAUUCAGCAGGGAGCUGAACGAUGCCUCUUUCCGACUGCCGACGACGACGAUGCCGAGGCACUAUGAACUGUCCCUGACACCGUACUUCGAAGACGAAGAAAGACCAUUCACUUUCGAUGGAACAGUCGCGAUCUACACGAGCGCUACGGAAGAGAAUGUCUCUGAAAUUGUGAUACACUGCAAUGAUCUGACUAUUCACAGUCUGACUGUAGAGCACACAGACGCUGAGGGUGUGGUUCAGCAAAUAGCUGCUCCUCAGACCUACGAGUGUGAAGCUCCUCAAAGCUUCUUGAGAAUUGCGACCAUAGAGCCAUUGCAAGUUGGACAAGAGUACAUCAUCAGAUCGAGCUUCACUGGCAAUCUUCAAUCCAAUAUGAAUGGGUUCUACAGGAGUUGGUACAGAGACAGCACCACCACAAGAUGGAUGGCCACCACUCAGUUCCAACCUGGGUACGCGCGGCAAGCUUUCCCCUGCUAUGACGAGCCCGGCUUCAAGGCCACAUUCGACAUAACCAUGAACAGGGAGCCAGACUUCAGUCCCACCAUCUCUAACAUGCCUAUAAAAACUACUGAAAACACAACUGAUGGCCGUGUCUCCGAAACCUUCUACACGACUCCUAUCACCUCCACAUACCUGCUUGCCUUCAUCGUCUCUCAUUACGAUAAGGUGGAAACAAAUAACGAUGAAGAUAGACCUUUUGACAUCUAUGCCCGUGACAAUGCCAAUGGAACCGGUGCAUGGUCCUUAGAAAUAGGAAUGAAGCUUCUAGAAGCCAUGGAGAAUUACACUGAUUACCCUUACUACACGAUGGCAGAAAAAAUUAACAUGAAACAAGCUGCUAUUCCUGAUUUCAAUGCGGGUGCUAUGGAAAACUGGGGUCUUCUGACUUACAGAGAAGCCUUAAUCCUAUACGACCCACUGAACUCCAACCACUUUUACAAGCAGCGUGUGGCCAAUAUCGUGUCCCACGAGAUAGCUCACAUGUGGUUUGGGAACCUCGUCACCUGUGCGUGGUGGGGGAACCUGUGGCUCAACGAAGGCUUCGCCCGUUUCUAUCAGUACUUCUUGACCGGUUCUGUUGCACCAGAGCUGGGAUAUGAGAGGAGAUUCAUGGUGGAGCAAUACAUAUCUGCCUUGUCAGUGGAUUCAGUUGACUCUGCUCAUGCGCUUACCAACCCAGAUGUUUACAACCCGACAACUGUUUGGAACCAUUUCUCUACCAUCACCUACGCAAGAGGAGCGUGCAUCUUGAGAAUGACCCAGUACCUUCUUGGUGAAGAGACUUACGUUAAGGGACUUCGCAGCUAUCUGAAGGAAAGGGCAUUCGACGUAGCCGAGCCUCACCACCUCUUCAACGCUCUUGACGCUGCAGCCAGAGAAGACGGUGCUUUAGCCGCUUAUGGUGGCAUCACCAUCGACCGCUACUUCAGGACUUGGUCUGAGAAGGCUGGACAUCCAAUGCUUUCUGUUACUAUUGAUCAACGCACUGGGACUAUGCAAGUAACCCAGGCUCGUUGGGAAAGGACUACUGGUUCAUCUGCCUUCCCUGGUAUUUGGGAUAUUCCGAUUACUUGGACCAGAGAGGGCGCUGCCGAUUUUGAUGAUCUCAAACCGUCGCAGUUCUUGACAGCCCAAAGCACAGUCAUUGAAAGAGGCACAGAAGGUCUCGAAUGGGUGAUUUUCAACAAACAAGCCUCUGGUUUCUACCGAGUGAACUACGAUGACACCAACUGGGCUCUAAUUGUGCAAGCUUUAAGGAACAAUCCCAAUGUAAUACACGAAUUCAACCGUGUUCAGAUUAUCGACGAUCUAUUCAACAUGGGUAGAGCCGGAGUCAGGCCUUACCAGCAAGUGUUCAACCUUCUGUCGUUCCUGCAAUUCGAUGACGAGUACGGGCCCUGGAUCGCCGCUAUCGAUGGUUUCAAUUUCGUGCUGAGAAGGCUUGCGCAUGAUGAAGCUAACUUGCAGAAGCUAAGGGAUAUUAUUAACAAAGAACUGAGUGUCGCUGUGACUGGUCGCCUGGGCUACGUCGAGGUGGAGAAUGAGACCUUCAUGGAUGGAAUCUUGAGGAUGUAUCUCAUGAACUUCCUUUGCGACAAUGGACACGAGGAAUGCAUUGCAACUGGCAUAGAGAAAUUCGCAGAAUGGAAGGCGGGAGGAUUCAUUCCAGCAAACAUGCGACCAUGGGUGUACUGCACUGGACUCCGUUUCGGUGACGCGGAAGAUUUCGAAUUCUUCUGGAACCGCUACCUGCAGGAAGACUUAGCCGGUGAACAAAUUGUCAUGCUUCAAAACGCUGGUUGCACCAGGGACGAGGCCAGCCUACGGAAAUUCCUGGAUGCAAUCGUAUCUCAACAGAACAUUGUAAGAGACCAAGAUUUCACAACCGCACUCAACUCCGCUGUAUCCAAAAACGAAUACAACACGAUGAGAGCUUUCGCAUGGCUCAAGGAUAAUGUGAACCAGACUACAGAAGCUUUAGGCGGCAUUGCUACUCCAUUGAGCUACAUUGUUUCACGGCUGUUGAAUGAACAGGACAUGGCAGAGGUUCAAACUUGGCUCGACGAGAACCAAGACUCGAUUGGAACUGCGUACAAUACCGGUGUUAACGGGAUCGCCUCAUCCAGAAACAAUCUGGCGUGGUCGGCCAGACGCAUGCCUGAAGUCUACGAGUAUUUCGACAACGGAGUAUAUGUGGAAUACGAAAUCGAAGACCCCACACAAGAAGAGGUGACCACAGAAGAAUCUGUAACGGUCACUCCCCCAGAGCUUGAUAUUGAAGUAACAACUGAAGUUGAUGAUGAAUCAGAUUCAGCUAACAUCGCAGCGUUGAGCAUUUUUACUCUUAUUAUAAGCAUCUCUAUUAAUCUAAUUAGUAUAUCUUUAGUUGGUGCUGUGAGGGCAGCUAUGGGGUCAAUCAUGUUACUCCCAAUCCUGUUCUUCCUCGCGGGGGUAGCUGCUUACCCCAAUGAGGACAUGAGAUCUGACUUGGAGUUCUUCGGGUACUCCACAAACUUGGACGAUCCUAAGUACCGUCUCACAGACUCUGUGCAGCCCAGGGAUGUGUAUGUGCAUUUGGAUGUGCAUGUCGUGGAGGCUAGAUUCGACGGCUUUGUACAGCUCGACAUUGAAAUCGAAGAAUCGGGCAUGACUCAGAUCGUGCUGCACCAAAAAGUGGUAUCGAUCCAGACUGUCAAUGUCCUUGAUUCCGCUGGCAGACCCGUGAACCUUCAGUUCCCUAACCCAUUCUCUACUGAUGAUCACUUCGAGAUCCUCCUCAUCAACUUGGCUGACCCCAUUUCAGCUGGUAACUACACCAUCACCAUCUCAUACUUGGGCAAGAUCCACGAGAACCAGUAUGACAGAGGUUUUUACCAAGGCUACUAUUUCUACAACGGAGAGAAGAGGUACUACGCCACGACGCAGUUCCAGCCCUUCUACGCCAGAACAACCUUCCCUUGCUUCGAUGAGCCGCAGUUUAAGUCACGAUUCGUCAUCUCUCUCACUCGUGACAGCUCUUUGCAGCCAUCCUACUCUAACAUGCCCAUUGGUGAAACUGUUGAGACUUCUCCCGGCCGUAUUCGUGAGACCUUCCUCCCCACUCCUAUCGUUUCUGCAUAUCUCGUCGCCUUCACAGUCAGUGACUUCGUUGCCACCAACUUAACCACCACGUCCACCAGACCCUUCCAAAUCGUCUCUCGCCCAGGAGUUACCUCACAGCACGUGUACGCCGCUGGUAUUGGUUUGGACAUCACCAACGAACUGGAUGAUUACUUGGGAAUUGAGUAUUAUGAAAUGGGACAAGGAGUGCCAAUGAAGAACGAUCACCUUGCUAUUCCUGAUUUUCCUUCUGGUGCUAUGGAGAACUGGGGAAUGGUAAACUACAGGGAAGCGUACUUGUUGUACGAUGAGGAGAACACAAAUAUGAUCAACAAGAUUUUCAUCGCUACCAUCAUGGCUCACGAGCUCGCUCACAAAUGGUUCGGUAACCUGGUCACCUGUUUCUGGUGGAGCAAUCUUUGGCUGAACGAGUCCUUCGCUAGCUUCUUCGAAUACUUUGCAGCUCAUUACGCUGACCCAUCAUUGGAGUUGGAUGACCAAUUCGUUGUGGACUACGUACACAGUGCUCUCAGCUGGGACUCUGGUUCAGGCGCUACACCUAUGAACUGGACCGGAGUGGCUGACAACCCCUCCAUCUGGUCCCACUUCAGUACCACCAGCUACGCCAAGGGAGCUUCAGUAUUGCGUAUGAUGGAACACUUCAUGGGCGCUCGUCCAUUCAGACAAGGACUGAGAUACUAUUUGAGAGAAAAUGCCUACGGUCUUGGAACCCCAGAAGAUCUGUACCGAGCGUUGAGACGUGCGGCUUAUGAAGACAUGGCGUUCAGACGGGACUUCCCCGAUGCUGACGUUGGACAGAUCUUAGACAACUGGGUGCAGAACCCUGGUUCCCCAGUUGUGAACGUUGAUGUCAACAUGGACACUGGAUUGAUCACCCUCACCCAGGAACGUUUCCUUCUGAGCGGUACCCCAGCAGCCCAGCUCUGGGAUAUUCCCAUCACUUGGACCCACCGAGGAGAACUCAACUUCGAGAGCACAAGGCCCAGUUUUAUCCUCUCUACUGCGAGUACUACUAUCCAGAACACUCCCGGUCAUUUCUGGGUGAUCCUCAACAUUGCUCAGUCAGGCUUGUACCGUGUUAACUAUGAUGACCACAACUGGGAAAUGCUUGCUUCCUACCUCCGCAAUGCAAACACUCGCACAAACGUCCACAAACUCAACAGGGCUCAGAUCGUGAACGACGUGUUGUUCUUUAUCAGAGCCGGCAAGAUCAGCCUCGAAAGAGCUUUUGACGUUCUAUCCUUCCUCAAGAUUGAGACCGACUACUAUGUCUGGAACGGCGCCAUUACACAGCUGGAAUGGAUUAGGAAGAGAAUGGAACAUAUUCCUCUAGCUCACCAGAAAUUCACCGAAUACAUGUUAGAUAUCCUGGAUGCGGCAAUUCAGCACUUGGGAUAUGAGGAGCUCGCUACCGAUUCCACGUCUACCGUCCUCAACCGCAUGCAACUUUUGAACUUGGCUUGCAACCUUGGCCAUUCUGGAUGUAUCGCCGACAGUCUUAACAAGUGGCGUGCGUUUGUGGCUGACCCAACCACGUUAGUGCCAGUAAACGCUCGUCGUUACGUGUACUGUACCGGCCUUCGAGAGGGUGAUGCUUCAGACUACGAGUUCCUACUCAAUCUCUAUGAGACUUCGGAAAACACUGCCGACAUGGUCGUCAUGCUCCGUGCCCUUGCCUGCACGAAGGACACCGCCUCACUGAACCAAUACCUGAACCAGUCGCUGACCAACGACAAGAUUCGCUUCCACGACCGCACUAACGCGUUUGCUUACGCGCUCCAAGGCAACGUUGAGAACCUGCCGACUGUCCUGGAAUUCUUGUAUAACAACUUUGCUGCCAUCAGAGAAGCGCACGGAAACCAGGACCGUCUCAUCGUCAACAUCAACAACGUAGCUGGAUUCUUGACCAACUACGAGCAUAUUGUUGAAUUCCAAACCUGGGCGUACGCUAACCAGUUGGCGCUCGGCAGCGCUUUCCAGAACGCUGUCAACGUCGUCAACAGUGCCAUGAACAACCUCAACUGGGGAAACAGCGUUGCUGCUGAGGUCUACGACAUACUCCUGGCGAGGAACUCCGCUGCUGCCAUUGUUUCUCCCCUCGCUCUCAUCCUGGCUGCGAUGGCCACUGUCUUAAUCCGUUUUGAUAAUUUUGAUAAAGAAUAUUGCUUCCAAAAUCCCUCUAGAUUACCGUUAUGGAUCAUUAAGUUAGUCAGCGUUUGCGCAUUUUAUCAGAGGCGGCACGAACCAAAGGACAUUGGUUUAUCAGCCAUGUACCUUUUUAUUGGUCUGAGCGUGCUGCUCAUUGCGGUGGGUGCUGCAGAUCACCCUAUUUCCUGGUACCGUGAGUUUGAGGAAGAAUUGCGCCAAGAUUCUUCAGCGAGAAACGAUGAACAGAUCUACAGGCUCCCUGGAGAUGUUGUUCCAUUGGAAUACGACAUUUACAUAGAUAUGUAUUUCAAUGAAAGAACUGACCGACCCUUUAGCUAUGAUGGGAGAGAGAACAUCAUCAUUCAGGCUGUCGCAGAAAAUGUGACUCAAAUAACGCUACAUGCCAACGUGGACAGGAUAAACGCCAUCAGCGUCCUAACAGAUGCUGGGAUGCUGGUACCAGUUAACACACAGCAGCCAUUCUUUACCGAGCCUCUGUACCAUUUCCUCAAGAUCAACCUUGCCCAGAAUUUGGUGGUUGGUCAGAACUACACCUUGUUUAUAGAUUACACAAGUACAAUGAAUGAAGGACCUAUGAAGAGAGGUAUUUGGCGAGGGUCAUACAUCGAUGCCAAUAACCAGGAAAGGUUCUACGCCACCACACACUUCCAGCCCUAUAAUGCGAGGCAGGCGUUCCCGUGCUGGGAUGAGCCCCUAUAUAAAGCGGUGUUCACGCUUCACCUCUCCAGACCUUCCCAUUUUACUAACAGUUACUCAAAUACGGGUGUACGCCUUAUUGAGAGUGACCUGAGAAACCGUAUUCGGGAACACUUCUGGCCUACACCCAGAAUGUCCUCCUACUUGCUAACCUUACUCGUCAGUGAGUCAUUCCAAGUGAUCGCUGAAGACAGAAGCUUUAGUCCUGCCAUUAGGAUCAUCGGAAGAUCCAACACUGUGGGUCUUGCUGACAGAGCGUUGGAAUUCGCUGUGAAAAUGACAAAGCACUUUGACGAAUUUCUUCAAUAUCCGUACGCGGAAUUGGACCCGCAUCUGAAUAAUGAUCAUAUUUCGUCGCCGGACUGGGCGUCUGCUGGCACAGAAAACUGGGGCAUGGUCAGUUAUAGGGAGCUGUACCUAAUUCUAAACUCUAGUGAGACGAUCAUGUCUGUGGAGCACUACGCUUCCACUCUGGUCACCCAUGAGCUGGCCCACAAAUGGUUUGGAAACCUCAUCACUUGUUACUGGUGGAGCAACACUUGGAUCAAUGAAGGUUUUGCCAGUUACUUUGGAUACAUUGCCACUAACCAGGUUUUCCCUGAAUACGAUCUCCACGAGCACUUCAACUCUCGCUACCUCCAAGCGACGCUCUCCUUCGACUCUGGCACUGGCACCGUACCCAUGAACCAUGACGUCAACACUCCCGCGCAGGUCACCGGCCACUUUGGAACCAUUAGUUACAACAAAGCUGCGUCGUUCUUGAGGAUGACUGUUAAUAUGAUCACGCAGGACACUUUCAGGAAGGCCUGUCAGUACUUCUUGAGGGAAAAUUCUUACGAGCCAACCGACCAAUACGACUUGUUUAGCGCGUUAGAUCGGGCAGUGACUGAAGAUGGUACCCUGAACGAGUACUUGCAUUUCAACUUUACCCAUUACUACGACGUUUGGGUAAAUCAACCUGGUUACCCAAUUUUGAUGGUCGAGAUCAACCAUUCAACAGGAGAUAUGCAACUCAGUCAAGAAAGGUUCUUCCUAAGUGCCUCAGCAACACCUACUGGUCAGCUCUAUCCCAUACCUAUUACUUACUCUACAAAAUCAAGCCGUGACUUCGAAAACCUGAAACCAGUUUACAUGAUGACGUCAGAUAAAGCUGUCCGAACAAAGGCAGUUGGAGAAGAGUGGGUAAUUUUCAAUCAUCAGCAACAUGGUAUUUACAGAGUAAACUACGAUGAUAAAACUUGGGAUUUAAUUGGAGACGCUUUAGUUAAUGAACCAGAAACCAUACACCACUUAAACAGAGCACAAGUCGUCGAUGAUGUAUUUGCUUUAAUGAGGUCAGGGAGACUGACAUACGCUAAAGGGUUCCAUAUCCUGAAGUUCCUGUACAAAGAAACCAACUACCACGUAUGGAACCCAGCCAUCAGCGGGCUCUCCUGGUUGCGAAACAGGUUGAGGUUUUUGCCCGAACAAUUGGCAGAGUUUGAUUCCAUCAUCCUCGGCUACAUGGAUCACGUGAUAUCCGAGCUUGGAUUCGAGCCAGCUGAGAACGAAACCCCAACUGUGAGUCUGACUCGCCAGGAGAUCCUUCAGUUGGCUUGCAACAUCGGCCACCAGAAGUGUGUGGAGGAUUCGCAGGAAAAGUUCAACGCUAUGAAAGAUGAAGUUUGGAUUGACCCGCGUAUCCGCCGUCACGUCUACAUGACGGGAGUCCGGGAAGGUGGUCGCGAGGAGUUCGACUUUGUUCUCCGCAGACACCAGCAGUCCAACUAUGCUAAUGACCAGCUCGAGAUGCUGAGAGCUCUUGCAGCUACUAGAGACCCACAGCUGUUGACUGAAUACCUAGAACUGACAUUGACUUCAACGGUGAGGUCUCACGACAAACUGAACUCGUUCAACUUUGCUCUGACUGGGAACCCGGAUAAUGUCUACACCGUGCUUGAAUUCGUGAAGAACAACAUUGAUGCUAUAAGAGUCGCUUACAUUGAAGAUGCCCCGCCAACACCUGUUAAUUCAGCAUUGAAUAACAUUGCUGCGUAUCUGGACGAGCCUGGACUAGUGGAUUACGAAGAAUGGCUUCGCACCACUCAAGUCGGCACCAUGCAGUAUUCCGGUGCUCUCUCCUCCAUCCAAUCAGCUCGAGCGAACAAUGAAUGGGGUGCCAACAACGCUGAUAUGAUCCUGUCAGCUAUGAGAGAUGGUUCUGCAACGGUUGUAGUGUCGACAGCAUUGCUGCUAGCCACUGCAGUUUUAGUUAGACUUGCAUGAUUGUGAAUAAUUAUAGGGAUAAGUGAUAUUUUUGUAAUAAAUGCGUUUUUGAUAAAAAAUUGUGUGCUUUCAUAAUUAUAUAAGGGGAUAAGAUAUUAUACUAAUUUUAGAUGCAUGUGUUGUGAUAAUUUUAAUGUUAUUUACAAAAGUAGUUUAUAUCCGUUGUCUAGUACACAUAGUACAAGCUUUGCUUAGUUUGGGAUUAGAGGCGCAGUGUAAAAUAUCGAAGGAUUAGGAUAUUUAAUUUACUCGGAUAAUCUGAGGCCCCUUACCCACGGCGACUUUUUGUA